CCCUCCCCGCCUAAGAUGGCGGCGCCCGAGUGCCGCGCGGGCUCGGAGCUCGUGGUGCGGGUCGAGGAGGCGUCUGGCGGCGUCCUGCUCGUCUCGCUGAGCGUCGGCGAGCGCGACUUCUCGGGCGUGCUCAUGGACGUGUCGGGGCGGACGGGGCUGCGUGGGAUGCCCGUGUCGGUGUUCCCCAAGAGGGAGCCGCACAAUGCCUACCCCGGCGAGCAGGAGAACCUUCACGCGCAGCUCGACCUGAAGCCGCCGCCGCUGCAGCUGUUGCACCCCGAGAACAACGGCAAGGUGGCGCCGGCGCUGCCCGUGGUGAAGACGGAGUGCGAGAACGGCGGGGCCUUUUUCCCGCUCUACUCCAAGGGCGCCCCGUACCCCCCGCCGUUGCUCAUCCGCCACACCUACAACCAGUGCGUGCCGCAGCCUCCGCCACGGACCAUAAAGCGCGCCAAGCGCGGCGCCGGCGGCAGCAGAGACGGCGGCGCGGAGCCCGAGAGCACCGAGGGGCUGCGCCCCCGCCGCGUGCUGUGCGAGCGGUGCCAGCGCGUAGUGAGCCGCGACGGGGCCGGCGCCGCCGCCGCCGCCUCCGUGCCGUCAUUACGCUUCCCGGGGGAUGGUGGUGGCAGGAAGAGAAGGGCGGACGGCUCGCCCUGCGACGGGAGGGACGGGAGCCCGGAGGCCGGAGGCGGCCGCCCGUCGGCGUCGUCGCAGGGCUGCGUCCACGGCGUGCCCUCCCGGCAGACCGUGUUCGGCAGGAGCCGGGCCCUCAGGGUUCCCGCGCGCGUCGGCCACGCUGUCAGGGCCCUCGGCUCGCGGCGCUGCCUCCCGGCCGACAAGCUAGAGCAGGCGAGGGCACGGGACGCGCUGCGCCAGUCCAAGGGCAAGGGCAAGAGGAGAACGCGGCGGCAUCGCGCAGAGUCCCGCGCCGGGACCAGGACCCUGAGGCCGGACGGCGCCCGGGAGAACGGCUGCCGUGCCGACACCGACAGCGACGGCGCCAGCGUCGUCUCGUCCCAGGGCGGCUCCGCCGCCAGGGCCGGCGUGAGGACUGCGCCGCACAGGGCGGUGAGGGACCACCACGUGAAGAGCUGUUGUAAGCAGGAGGAGGAGGCCGCCGCAACCGCUCCGCUGGGCGAGAGCACAAGCGGCGCGAGCUCUUCGGGUUCCCCAAUGUCGGGAUCCAGCACGAGUACCGCCCAUGGUGGCUGCGUCGGACUGGAAGUUGUCACGCUGGCGGCGUCGCCGGCGGCGUCGACGGCGGCGUCGGGGACGGCAGCGCCGGCCGCGGUGCCGGUGACGUGCGGUGUCGACGCCGACGGGCCAGACGGGGGCUCGUGGCCGGUGCGGCACGGUGGGCGGCGGCGUGCGAGGGCAGCGCGCGUGCACAAGAAGAGCGUGACGCGCUGCGUGACAUCGCAGGGCAAGGCGGUGUGCGUGGGCGACAUCGUGUGGGCCAAGCUGCACGGCUGCCCGUGGUGGCCGGCGCAGGUCCGCAGUGUCAGCGUCAGCGUCCAGGAGGAGAGCGGCCUGGUGCUGAGCCAAGAGGCGAAGAUGGCGUGGUUCGGCUCCACGACCACGUCCUUCCUGCCGCUCUCCCAGGUGGUGCCCUUCAUGGAGAACUUCGAGGCGCGCUACAGCCGCCGCAAGAAGAGCAACGGCUACCGGCGCGCCGUCUCGGAGGCGGCCGAGGCGUCCCGGCGCCUCACGCCGGAGACGGCGGCAGGAGUGUCGCGCUGCGGCCUCCGUACCGGCUCGCUGCGCAGCUCGCGCGGAGCCAGGCCGUCCCCCGCGUCGCGUUCUCCCAGAUGAACGCCACACUCCGCCACAGCUGCUGUCCAUGCACAGGCUCUGCCCCUCAGGGACGCUGCCCCUCUGCGAGAGGUGGGUACCGCCUUCCAGCUGCGCCCCUGGCGUCGGCACCGCCGCCACCGUACGCUCCUAUGAAUGUCGCCCCCUGCUUCCUUCUCGGUGAUCUCGCUGCGUGCGUUGUAUCAGCGUCGUGGAACCCUGUAGCUUUGUGUCGUUCAACACGCGGUGGAUAUGCAGAGAUUUUUUUAAUAAGGUUACCGGAGCGGGGAAGGAGGUGGGUGCGUUGCCUGUGACUGUUUGCGAACCGCUUAGGGCCAAGGCUUCUCAACUAUAGGGGUCCGUAGACCCGUUGGGGUGGAUGGGAGGGGGCAGAUAAGACAGGCCGAGAGCUUUAUUGGGAUACACGUGAAAAUCUAAAGGGGGUUCACAUUCGGGGUUUCAUGAAAGAAACGGAGAUGCAGUCUCACUGGAUCCACAUGUCAGUUGCCAUUCCCCUUCACUUCAUCGUUCAGACAAUAGCCAGUGAUACAGCCUUAGACACGUUACAUAAUUCUGUAAAUAUGACUCCACACAGCCAACACUGAGUGUGUUAUCCCAUUCUCAGGGGUCCUUGGUGCUAAAGCAGUUGAGAAGCCUUGGCUUAGACGAGGAUCUGGUCGUGCGUGUGGAUCGGAAUGGGGGUCGACACAUAAUCAUCGCCGCCCGGUUCGGCGUGGAUUGUAUCGGCGACCCUGAGGGUCACUGUGCCUCCACUACCGCCAACCACGUCUUGCCCGACUCAAACCGCUGACCCCAACCCACCACCUAUUUGUUUCUGCACCUAUGGAAGAAACCAAAAAAAUCUACUAUUCAUAAAGUAAUUUGAACCGAAUCAUUGGGUUAGAGCUAUUACGAAAUCAAAUCACGUCGUAGUAGACGUGUGAUAUUUUGGGCAGUGGCCUGAACGUGAUGCUGCUGCUGGGCGUCUUGACAUUUCAGAGUGACGGGGCAGCUUCGGUGUGCUGCAGGCUGUGGUGCCGCAUGCCCUGGCCUUGUUUACACGUUUUGUUGUUUUUUUCCGUUAACUCUGCCUCAGGGGGGAGGGGGGGGCACUUGACGCGAGCGUCGCCAUGGCGGCGCUCCAUCACGAGCGGCCACCUUGUCCCUCCUCCGCUCCCCCUGGCCAACUGAAUCCGCCUAGCCAGCAUCUUUCGUCGGCAAGUUCCUGCUGACGAUGCGUCUAACGAGUUGGUGCUAUGACAUUCCUGGGGGUGUUCAAAGUCUGCCUCUUUUGCAUUUCAUUUCUCUCGGUCGAAGUUACGCGGCGACAACUCAUCCGCGUACCGCGUGACGGCCACGUGGCGUCGUCGCAGCCUGGUAUCGUCAUCGUGGUGUCGUCGCCUGGCGUCGCGAGGCAUCGUAGUGUCGUGAUAUUGUCGUCGUGGUGGCGUCGUCGUUGCAUGGCAGAGUCCGUAGACUCUGCUUCAAGCCACCCCUACGCAACAUCCUCACUCAUCCGGCCGCCAUUUGGCGUCUGCGUGCGUCACCGAUUGAUUCGCAUGCGAGUGCACACGCUGCCGCUGGAGGAAGCCUGGUCGUACCAGGGGCAUCGGAAGCACCGGUGCUUUACACGGUUUUCGCGGAGCGCUCCCGUACUAUGCCGAUGUUCUGAAUUUCAGAGCAACUGUACCGUGCCGAAACUUUACGCUGCUCUGCCCCAAGUUUGUUUUGCCCGCGCGGCAGUGAGCUGCUUUGCUGUGCGUUCGCCCGCACGCCGAUUGACGACGCUUCGGCAGGCGUGCUCGCAUCUUGUUUUAAUAAGCGGGAGUCGACGUGGCUCGUGGAAAGCCCAAUCCAAAGCUGUGCUCGGCAUGCAGAAAACGUCAUCGUAGGGAUUGUAAUUAGUUGAUGGAAUGUUUGUACACAUUUCAAGGCCUUAUCGGAGUCGUGUUGCUUCCGCCCUGUGACGGCGUAAAAACCGUUGCCGUGCUCACGUCGCCAUCUGUCUCUGCUGACCGCGUCGUCUCGCUCGGCCUCGCUCCUCCUGGGACGUCUGCGGUCUCCGCAGCACGGCGUGCUGGACGCGAGCCGUGUCGAGGUUGAGAGAUGAGAGUGGCAAUCCAGUGACGUUAUCUCCUACUUCCUGGCGGUAUGGUCACGUCUUGAUGUGCCCCAGCACUUCCCCUCGCGCACACAUGCUUCGCCACAUUAUGUUUACACGGAUUUCCCUUUUUUUCCUCCCCGAUUACGUUCGUGCUGUGCCGACGUCACUUUUGUCAUCGGACCAAGGGAUUUGGAAGUCUUACAGUCAGCAGUGUGCCGCCAUGUGUUAGAGAGUGGCCCCAAGCUUCGUGAAACAACUUAAUUCGCCUCUGUAUCCACACCAAGAGCACACCUUGGCAUCUUCUUAUAUGGCCUGGAACAAGUCUUCUUAGCACGUCAUGUCAACUAAUGUCUAAUUCUCACAACUGGAAUAUGAUAAAUUGAUUGACAAAAAACUGUAGUUUGGCUUUGUGUUUUUGUCCUGGCACAGGUGGCCAGUCUGAGACCAUUGACUCUCUACGCUUAAUAAGCCGGCUUAGUGGCGGGCGGCUCAAACCGGAAUUCAAACCCGGGGUCUCGGCGGUGCUGGCUCUGCGCUCUGACUUGGAGCCACCCGGUGACCUCCGUCUGCCAGAUUGUGUGACGCAUCUGCUGCUGCCUGUAUGGGUUUACGAAGAUGUCGCGGUUGCACCGACAGGCAGCAGUGGUGUGUGGGGGUUGGUUUUGUUUGUGGAAAGUUGCACCUGCAUUUGCUUUGGUGGCGUGGCGUGGCAUGGCUCAUGGUACAUCGCUCGCACUGCGAUGAUGUGGGAUGUCUGGUGUCCAGGUGCCUAUGCAGGCUGCGUAGCGAGUGUGAGGCCACCUGUUUACGAGCUCUGCUGUGCGAGCUGUGAGCGAAGAGACUUGGAGAGGGACGACGUUGGCAUGUGGUGACUCGGUACUACAACUGCUGCUGUUUGUAACGAAAGUUUGCGUUCGUACGCACGAGACGAACCUCCUUCAAACAUGAAUGCAAACGCUUCCUGUGGCUGUUGUAAGAGUCAAUCCAUGAUUCAAAUGUCACAACAAAUAAGCCCUUUUUGUUAGGAGGGCGUGAGACAAUUACCGUUGUUGAGACAUUGUGUGCACGUGACCACCAAUGCGAUGAAGGCGACACGGCCCAAUACUCGCAUGUAUCACUCCAGGACCUCUCAUGGUUCCAUGACCAUUGGGCGCAGUGGCCCCAGAACAACCAAGUUCUAUUGCAGGAUGAACUGCACGAUACUGGUUCUUGUUAACCUCCUGCUGUGCAGCCUGAGUGUCAGCUGCUGCUGCUGGUGGUGCUAUUUGUGGUGCGGGUGCUGCUGAUAGUGCUUGUGGUGGUGUGUAUUGUCAUGCUGCUGUCGGCUGAUGUGGUGGUUGAUGCUUGUGUUGUGGUGGUGGUGGAGGUAGUGGUUGUUUUUUGUGGUGGUGGCUCUUGAUCCGUGGUGGCUACGUGGGGUUGUGACAGGCAUUUGCCCUGUCUGGCUAUGCAUCCCAUGUACGUCUGCGAAGUAAGGCCUGCUCCCUAUAGCUCAUCCCCUCUGCUCCCCUCUUGGAUUCAAACCAUAGCUUCACCUACUGGCUUUGAGUAACGAGCUGCGGUGUCACCUAUGAGGGACACGUCAAAAAGAAUGCCUGCUUGGGUUUCUUAAUAACCUUCACUGAACCAAUACAAAAAUUUACCAUCCACUGGUAGCAAUGUAAUUAAUGUCUAGAAAAUUAGUUUUCUGGCGAAAGUCUUCCUCCUACAAGACAAUUUCAGACUACAUACGAGCCUGAGAACAUCAGAGACCAGUGGGCAGUAUAUUCACCAGACAGCCACAUCUGGCAGGGCAGGAUGUUCAUCUGUUUGGCCCUUUAAAGUUUGCCUGUGGGCCAACAUUUUGUAAAUAACACAGCUGUUCACAAAUUGUUUUGACACUGAUGAAUCCCUCAAAUAGGGUGGAAUGCUGGCCCUGGUUCUACUUUGGUGCAAGCGCAUUGCAGUGGACCAGAGUAAAAAACUAAACUUUCAAAAUAUGACACAAUAUAAGGACACAUUUUCCAUAAUUUAAAUAGAUUUCAUCAUCAUCAGCUAUGGUCCGUGCACUGCUAGAUGAAGUUCCUCCCCAAGCCAUCGCCAUCUCUCAAUUCGAUGUUGUAAUCGAAAUAGACGUUUGGGGCACGUGCUGUUCACGAGCGCCUAUGAAGGCCAGCACGGCACACAGGGGGGCGGGUGGCCAGCACCACGUCCGGCUGCCUUUGUCUCCCCAGUUGCGAUUUUUACACACUGCACCAGGUACUCUUUUGAGGCUGAGUCAACCGAGGGGAGCCCCAGGACCAGUUCAGAUAUUCGAGCGGGAAUCGAACUCGCGUGGCUGGAUUUGUAGCGCGGUGCGCUAACCACUGCACAAACCGCCGAGCACUUUCACACGACCUGAUAUCAUCGGUCCAUCUUUUGUCGUGGACGUGCUCUCUCGAGUGUUCCCUCCUUGUGCUGCCACUCGAUUGUCAUGCCCUGUUAUGAAAUAGAAGGCGGCAUUACUUUUCUGGGCGUCCCUCAUAUCCCGAGUGUGUUUCCACGAACCCGCUGUGAUAGGUGUCCCAAAUCCGAAGGAGCAGUUGGCGUGGAGGUUUUUAUAUCGUACCUUGAGGGGCUGCUGGCUCCACACAUUGCACGUCACCCCCACGUACGUGUUCCAUGCGUCCAAUGUCUUUGUUCUAAUUUUAUCCAAUGCCACAUGGGAUGACUUUUUUGCUGCUCGUCAACGGAGGUGUGCUUCCCUGCACCUCUGGUACAUGGCGGCCCUCGACUGAGCUGGGAUUGUGAGCUUCACACUAAUGCUGUAGACUCUGUAAAAAUGUUUAUUUUUUUAAGUUGAAAUGUUAUGUAGUAUUGUGUAGUAAGUCAGAGCUGAUGGCAAACAUUUUACUGACACCUCUCCAAGCACCGCUUCCUCUACGACCCAGUACAAUCUGGUUUAUCACCCAAGGCCAUUUCACUGCUAGCCUACGUGUGGUAAGUUAAAUUGUUCUCUCCAUCGACCGUGGAUCGCUAUCACUCUGUUUCUCCUAGACCUCCGCUUUCAACGCCAUUGACGUCUGCGCAGGAACUUGUCUAUAAGCGCGUAGGCUUCUCCAGCUCCCUUCUCUCCUGGUCUGCUGCUCCCUCUAGAAACACUUCUGCUGAAUUUCCAUACAAGGACAGUCGAACUCUGAGAAACCCCUGUGCUGUCGUGUCCCAAUGGUUCCACCCUCGCCCCUGCCACUUAGCUAGUACAUCUCCCGUGCAAAAAUUAUAAAUACUAAAUUUGGUAUUUCACUUAGAUUCGCUGCAUUCGAGAACCUGGUGUGUAACUAUGGUGUCGGCUCAGAGGUCCCAACAUCACUGUGCUUGUUAUUGUGUUUCUUGGUAGCAUCACGAUUAUAUCAUGGCCAUCACGCCUGGCGCUGUGAUGUGCUCCCGCAUUCUCUCACGAUGGGAGCAGUGGUCAUGUCUGUCUGUGGCUUGGUUUCUCACCCUAACUUGUGGUUGAGUUAGGAACUCGCGUUGCUUGUGUAAGUCGGGUAAAGCUACCAAUGUGUCACAUUUUGGCCACGACAGCCUUUGUGAAAAUCAUUAUUGUCUCUGGUUUUAAAUAUUUUGGCCUCGUGCACAAUUCAUGAUAGGGGUUAAAGAAAGUACCGUGGCCUUGUGUGUACCCUGAACAUUUGGUGGGGCCUUGGUGGGCAUAGCAUAUAGUAGACAUGGCCAGCAUCAUAUAGAGGCCACACACUGGGCUGCGUGGGGCUGACAGAGGGGAGGGGCUGGCAGAUCAAUGUGUGUCCUGGUUGAGCCUUCCGGAGAAUUGUUAGAUUUAACGUGGGGACUGAAUCGUCCGUCGAUUCAAUAUCUGCAUCCUGGAUGAAACGAUUUGGUCAUGAGGUGAGCUGCACCCUCAUGACAGCAGAGAACUUGCAAGAAUGUGAUGUCUGUGCUGGUGGUGCCAGAACAUUCCUGAAGUUCACUUUGCAGCAGACGGCUUGAACCUUGCCACUUGAAGGUUGUAAAGAAAAUAAUUAAAUAUGGCUGUCGUACGACUUGAAUUGCAUUCAGACAGGUUGAGUUCUGUGUGAGUCGCACCACCUGCAUCCCCCUCCCUCAAGCCCGGGGCUCAUUUCACCUUCCCCAGUGACGUUUACAAUAAACAAAAAGCAACUUGCCUGAGGCUCUUUCCCAGAUUAUAUUUUUAACUUGACGCCACCGCCACCACUUCUAUGCACCCCUUGUAAUCCUGAACCUUGGUAACUGGCGCAUCGGUGCGGUUGCAGCGUCUGAGAAGCGACACGUUUCAUUCUUGAAACAUUGCGAGGCAGUUUGAUCGCGGUAAAACCUACUGACGGAUCGCAGGGGUAUCCUCCCGAGACGUCGAGCGUCCGGUCCGCGUGCUUCUCACCCCAGGACCAAUCGUGACCGGGCUGAAGGGUAAAGUGGCCGCGUCGUGUACCUAGCGCCAGUAGUAGAAGUUAGAACAGAUUAUAUUUUUGAAUUUCCCUUUUGCUGAGCGCACUCAUCAUGUAAACGGUGUGCCCUGGGUGACCAUUGGCCAUCACCCAAACACAGCUGUGGGCUCGGUGGGGCGCUGCACUGCAUCCACCGGUAAAGGCCCGGCACUUUCGUUUGGAAUUGGUCUUGAUGUACAGAAACAAUGCAAGGUAACGGG